AUGACUAGUCAAAAUCGACCAUCACCAGGUGUGGGUGACUACGAGCUGACUCUGGCUGCACCGGCAGAUAAAAACGUGCCAGCCUCUGAUUUCCCUAGACCACACAAAGUUGUACUGGCUCACAUCCAUCUGCAGGAUCCUGAUUCAGAAAUGCAGCCUCUCACUAUCGAGUAUAGCCUUCGACGAAAAGAUGACUCUCUAGUUCAGCAGGAACAGACGAUAUAUGCCUCAGUUCCCAUUAAUUCACGGGAUUUCCGCAUUCCAGAACCACCUGCCCUCCUCCAGCAGGUCCAGCAAACCCCUGCCACCCCGCCGACAAGCUCUCCGACUCAGGUUCCUAACCAAGUCUCUGAUGCUGGUAAAGACGCACCACCUUUUAUGGACGCGGUUGACCAGCAGACUGACCGAGAGGAUAUCGAUACAAUGGAUGUGGGUAUGUAUCUAAAUCUGCCGAGCGAUGAGGAGUUGGUUGAGGAGAGCACCUCUGAGGUGACCGAUGACCUGAACAUGGAUGUCCAUAUGAGUGGCCUUGAUGAUGUCUUCGCUCAAGUUAUCCAGCAGCACGGAGAAAACUCAGGUGAGAAGUUCCUUCAGGAUCGCUUGGCUGCUCAACGACGAUACUCCAUGGACGACGGCCCGCUAGAAGAAUCGAAGGCUGAAGUCACGGAGCCCAUUGUCAAUCCAAUGACUCUUGGGCAAGGUUAG